AGUUGUCCUCCUGGAGACCAACACAUGUGGUAGGAAUUUAUUCAGGAUAAACAUAAUUAUACGAACAAGAGAGGAGAUUUUGUUAGAUUUCCUCACACUAUGGACGUUACGUCAUUACUGACAGAAGUACAGAUCGCUGAACUUAAGGAGGUAUUCAGUUUCUACGAUAAAAAUUGUGACGGAUUUGUGGACCUAAAUGAACUUGGACCAAUGAUGAGGUCCAUGGGCCUGAAUCCCACCGAGCAGGAAAUAAUCGACUACGAAAAGCAGUUUAGUGACAGGCAUGACAAGAAUUUGGAUUUUAGGGAUGCCUUGGAGGUUGUGGUAGAUACACAAGCGUACCCUCAGGAAACUGAAGAGAGUCUGAGAGAGGCGUUUCGAGUAUUAGACAGGGAUGGAACAGGGUAUGUCAGUUGUGCCGAGCUCACACAAAUGAUGACGUCACGAGGGGAAAAAUUAUCAGAUGAUGACGUCAAGGAGAUGAUGAUUGAAGCUGAAGAUGGAGAUGGUCACAUCCAAUAUGAGGAGUUUGCAAAGCUGAUUCUGGGAAAGAGCUGAGAUGUGUUUACGGAACGUGUUAGAGUGAUUUUAGGACGUCAUGCUACCCUGUAUUUAAUAACACUGUAAUGAUGGACCAGGAAUUGUUUACAUGAUUCAAUAACGCUUGUGCUCCCUAGAGAUAUCACUCCGGAGGAUGUGUUUGAAAUCCGACCCGGAUGUCCUGUCUUUGUGAUGGUGGACACCGGCGAUACACCGUACACCAUAAAGCACCCUUUAUCUAAUUGAUUCGUUCGACGACCAUUCAGGCUCAGAGGGAGCGCGUCGCUGUAUAUUCUGGCUUAGUCCCAUAUCAACAAGGCUCAUCAUUCACACACUACGACGUGUUCUAGCUAUCUUAUAUCUUCAGCAACAUGCAGAUUCUGUUAUAGAUUUUCUACGGCUUUGCUUUUUCAAUUUCCUUUCUAUAUUAAUACAUUUUUUAACAUAUUUAUAGAUAAUAAA